AUCUACACUGCCAUCUGCAGUAACGCGCAAAGAAAUAAACAUGACGGAAGAUAAUAUAGGCACGUUGGAAGAAGAAGCUUUAAAACGAAAAGAACGCUUACAAGCUUUAAAGCGAAAAACUGAAGAUAGUAAAGAAAAUAAGAGCGAUGCCGUUAGUAAAUUACCAAAGCCAAAGUUUAGAAGUUAUAAACCACAAGAUGACAGCCUUAAGGAAAAAGUUUUAGAAGAAGCAAAACCUGGAAAUGUAGAAGCAGAAGUGCAGGAUCAAUUAAGUGCAGCAAAUACAAAAGUUGUUAUUGAAGAACUUGAUAUUAGUAACUUAGCACCUAGAAAACCAGAUUGGGAUUUAAAGAGAGACGUUGCUAAAAAGUUAGAGAAAUUAGAGAGGAGGACACAAAAAGCAAUAGCAGAACUUAUAAGAGAACGCCUUAAACAAGGUCAGCAUGACUUGGCUGCUGUAGUAAAUAUGGCAGCUAAAGAACAGACAGAAUCACCUACCUGAUACAGACAAUCAUUUGUGUAUUUUAGGGUUUAAAUAAUUUUGUACAUAUAAGGUUGUAAUAAAAUAUAUUUUUAGCAAUUA